UUCACUUCCCACCAAUGGCCAUUCUUGUCCUAUAGUUGUAGUAUAGUGCUAUAGUUAUUGGUUACCGGUUAGUCCAACUAACUUAGUCGUCGUGUUUCUAUUGUGCGUACACGUCUACCUAACUUUUGGUUGUAAUACCUAUUAUAUAUUUUGUAAAAGUUGUAUGAUAUCUACUUAUAAAAUCAUGACGUUAUUGAAAUGGGCCAUACUACCGUUAACGGUUUUCACAAUUUUCGUGGUGAUGUACAGCCAAGCAUCGGAGGACCCACAGAAGAAAGGCCCUAAGGUCACUGACAUCGUGUGGUUUAACAUCAAAGUUGGAUCGAGCGAACCUCAACGUGUGGAAAUCGGAGUGUUUGGCGCAACUGUACCCAAGACGGCACAGAAUUUUAUCGAGUUAGCAAAGAAACCGGAAGGUGAAGGUUACAAGGGCAGUAAAUUUCACAGAGUUAUCAAAGACUUCAUGAUCCAAGGAGGUGAUUUUACAAAAGGUGACGGUACUGGUGGCCGCAGCAUCUUUGGAGAAAAGUUUGCAGAUGAAAACUUUAAGCUGAAGCAUUAUGGUGCCGGCUGGUUGUCUAUGGCCAAUGCUGGAAAAGACACCAAUGGAUCUCAAUUUUUCAUUACCACUAAACAAACUUCCUGGUUGGACGGUCGUCAUGUUGUAUUUGGAAAAAUUAUCAAAGGAAUGAAAACAAUUAGAGCAGCAGAAGCAGCAGAAACUGAUUCCAGAGACAAACCAGUUGACAAUAUUGUAAUUGUUGAUAGUGGACACAUCGUCGUUCCAGAGCCAUACCCAGUCAGCAAAACUGAUGCUACCGAAUAAUUCAUAAACUAUUUAUACUAAUUUAUAUUUUUUUAAUUCAUCAUAUUGUUAAAAUAAUAUUUAAAUAGGCCCUCAAUAAAAAUUGUUAUUAAUAAGGAACUGAAAAGCAAUAACCUACUUACCUAUUAAUUAAUAAAAUUGUGUUUUUCUGCUAAAUUCCAUUUUUUGUAAACAUAACUUAUACAGUAUAGUGACCAAUAGUAAAAUGUUUUUAGUAUCAACCUGAAUCAAAUUAAUGUUGUAAUUUUUUUUUUAUUUUACAAAUUUUGUAUGAAUAUUUAUGCUAUAUGUAAUUAAAUGUCCAUGUGCAUAUUAUAUAAUUAUAAAGUGAACAAAAUGUUUAUAUUUCAAUAAAAAAAAAACUAAACUUUAUUA